AUGUGGAGACACUACUUGUAUGGUGAGAAGAUACAAAUUUUUACUAACCACAAAAGCCUGAAAUACUUCUUAACCCAAAAGGAGUUGAACAUGAGACAGAGAAGAUGCUUAGAGUUAGUAAAGGACUAUGAUUGUGAGAUUCUGUAUCACCCAAGUAAGGUGAAUGUGGUAGUUGAUACGCUUAGUCGGAAGGUAUCACAUUCAGCAGCACUUAUUACUGAGCAGGCUCCUUUGCUUAAGGACUUUGAGAGAGCUGAGAUUGCAAUUUUAAUAGGGGAAGUUACCUUACAGUUGGCUCAGCUGUCAGUGCAGCCGACCUUGAGACAGAGGAUGAUUGUUGCUCAGCUAAAGGACCCAUAUUUGGUUGAGAAGCGUCGCAUGGCAGAAGCAGGACAGGAUGAGAAGUUCUCCAUAACCUCUGAUGAUGGACUUAUGUUUGAGAGGCGUUUAUUCGUCCCAGCAGACGGUGCAUAG